GUUUUCCUCAGAAGAGAAACUGGGGAAGCGGAGGCGGGUGGACUGGAUCCAGCAGUUUACUGACUGGUUAUCUGGAUCUCCAGAAUCUGACAGCAGCUCAGCCAGACCAACUCAAAGCCACGGAGAUCUGCCUGAUCCAGUGAGACCAUCAGCAGCAUCCUUUCAGUUUCCUCUCUGCUGUGGACACGUAAGAGCUGACGUGACUCACUGGUUCCUGUCUGAACUGGUCAGAGGAAGUAGAUCCUGACGUUUCUGAUAAAAAGCAGUCAUCUAGUUUUUCAUUCAGUUCAUCUCACCCUGCACCAUGCAACAAACACAUUUCCCUUUUGAGCACUUGAAGCUGGAAGAUCUAAAACUAAAACCUGAAGUAGCAGACAACAGUUACCUGUUCAAAACAAACAUCCCAGAAUAUCCUAAACCAGAGUUCUACGUAAGUCUUCUGAAACAUGAAACUACAAGGGAGGGACUACAAGGGAUCCACACUGAUGGAGGAUUCAGGGAUCCAAAUGGAGUAUUCAAGGAUCCAAAUGGAGUAUCACUGAUAUGGUGGAGUCUGACUGUGGGACCAGAAGAGAUAAAUGAUGCUGAAACGAGGCUCCUGAAGAAGACUUUCCCAGGCGUGGAAGAUCAUGAGCAGCAGACGUUCCAGUGGAAGUUUGCCACCUCUCCAGCCUUCCUGGAGACGUCCCGGCUGGGAUCGUUCCGCUUCACCUUCCCCCUGGAGGAGGUGCUGACGGCCUACAGAGACCAGAUUUGCUCUGGAGCUAAGCCCGUCAUGCGGGUCUACGAGACUGUUCUGUACAAACAGGAAGUGAUGUACGUCGUUCUGGUCCACAGUCCAGAGUUCAAUAAGAAGUUUUCAAAGUAUCCUUUACUGAAGGAUGACCCAAACGCCGUCUGUGUUUACAAAGAUGAACGUUUUAUCUGGAGGUCAGAGGCCAUGUGUGAGACUCACUGGUAUGCGCUGAACAUCAGAAAAGAUACAAACCAGAUGGAAGCCAGACGUCUGCCGAAUUAUCAGUUUUAUGUUUGGGACCAUGUUGCUGUCGCCCUGCAUGUGGAGAACACAGAGAACGUGCUGAAGUUUGAUGUUAAUAAACUUCAACAGAACCUCAAGUACUGUGAGGAAGGCGGCAGGACAUACCGUAGUAAUUAUACAGACCUUGAUGUGGCUAAAGACCUCGUUUUCAAGUUCUGGCCAGACUGGCCCGGUCCUCUGGAGGUGGAGCGGUCCCUUCAGCUCAGCUACCCAGUUGCAGGACUCAAAGUAGUUCUUGCUGGGAGCUGUGGAGAGGAAACACGCACCACUUGCAACGCUAUACUGGGAAGCACCACCCUUUAUCCAGGAUCACAUUCAGGGGAGGUGACAGUAGACAACCUGGUGGUGAACAUCAUCAACACUCCAGCCUUCUCAGAAUUACAAGUGAAUGAAAAGAAGAAGAAGAAGACCUUAGACCACAUCAGACUCUCAGGCCCAGAACUUGAGGCCUUCCUACUGGUCAUCAAGGCUCAGAACAUCAAGGCAGCAAAGAUCCGGAGAACAAUAGGGGACUUUGAAGACAUUUUUCAGAAAAAGGCCUUGAGACGCACCAUGAUUCUCUUCACCUACAAGGACCAGAUGGAACCAGACAUCCAGAACAAGCUGAUGCAGGAAGUCCUGUUUGAGAAAGUGGGCAACAGAUACCGGGUCUUCAACAGCAACCUUCCCAACAGAGAUCUUGCCCACCAGGUCUCAGAUCUGCUGAAGGAGGUGAAGAAGAUGAUUGUAGACAGAUCUUCAUCAUAGGACACCUAACUUCACUAAUCUUCUAAGUUUCUUCUCCCUUGUCCUCCUUCCAACCCCAUAACAGCAGUAGAGUUUAUGUAGAAGAUCAGAAGCAAUAUUUUCUCAGUCUCUAAUGUUCAUAAUUAAAAACACAUAAAGACUGAAGACUUAGGAACAACAGAUGGUUAGUGGUCUAAAAUAGGAUCCUAGUUAAAUGUUUGGUUCCGCUCGACUAUGAAGCCCUGAAGUUUCCAUCGUCUUGGCAAUCUAUCCUUGCAGGCUGAUGACGGGCUCAGAAUGGCUCUGUAGUAGAAUCACUAAAGUUCUAGUCUUUGUGUCAGCUCAGGGAAUACGGCAGUAGUUCUGGGUUCUGUUCAGGUCAGCCUUCCUCUUUGGUUUCACCUUUAUGUAUAGCCCAGAGAUUCACUGACAGUGGUUUCUGAAAAUGCUCCUCAAACCCUGCAGUGAUGAUAGAUUUUUCAGAUCAUUUGGUUCUGUGUCACAUCUUCUAAUGUCCAACUGUUUCUAGACGGUGCUGUUCUGUCUUAACAUGACCCGAUUCUGCUUUUGUUUUAAUUUUCCCAUAAAGGAGGGAAUCUUUGAUUUUUGAAAAGCUUUUCAUUUUGGAAUAGUUACUUUUUGGUGUUUUUUGGGGUUUAAAAAGAGUAAAAGAUUAUUAUGGCUUUAGGAGGUUAUAAAUGUGCUUUUAAUGUUUUUACCAGAGAUGUACAGAACAAUGUAUCUGGAAUGUUGAUUAUAUUAUGGUGCACUCAUCUACAGAGGUUUGAUCAUGAAUCUUUAAUGAUUAUGUAACCUUAAUUAAUGUCUUCUGUUGCUUGGCAACUAAUAAAUGUUCUUUAAAUGGGACAUUUUACUGGUUUGAUCAGUUGAUGGUGGUACAUGUAAAACAAUAAACAUGUCAAACACGA